ACCUCUAUGGGAAUGUGGGCCUGUCCUUCUUCCUCCUUCGCUGGGGCUUAUUUUCUCCUAAUUGCCUCUCUCAGGGUCACGACAUUUUGCUGUGGUGACUUGGCCCUAAUGCCCAAUCUCCCGGGAGUUGAGCUGAGUUGGGACUGGGGCAGGCACUUCGACUUUGGAAGGCAUCACUUUCGAGCAUGAUAGUUCUGCUGCCUAUCUCUGAUGUCCUGAUGAAGGGUCCUGCCUGAAAUCUCGACUCUCCUGCUCCUCGGAUGCUGCCUGAGCUGCUGUGCUUUCUCCAGCGCCACACUUUAUUGACUCUUGACUGUCCAGCAUACUGAUGGAUACUGAUUAAGGAUGAUCAUAUUGAAUGGUGGUGCAGGCUCGAAGGGCAGAAUGGCCUGCUCCUGCACCUAUUGUCUAUUAUCUGCAGUCCUCCCUAUCUCCUAAUCUAUACACACUUCACAUCCCCUCCCCCUGACCCCACAAAAGACUAGAGAUGCUUGAUGAGUGAUUGGGAAGAGGACACUCUGUGGCAUUGGACUGUGGUUCCAGUGAUGAGCUUAACCAAUGAGGAUAGAUCGAACAAGUUGGGACUGUUCUCCGUGGAGAGAAGAAGGCUGAGCGGGAGAUCUGAUAGAUGUUUUCAAAAUCGCGAGUGAGCUGGAUCGAAUAGACAGAGAGAAUUUGUUCCUGUAUGUAAAAAGAGCAAGAAUGAGAAGGCAUAGAUUUAAACUGAUCGAUCGCGUGAUGAAAAGCCUUGAUUUUCCCCGCCUGCGUCGUCCAGGCUGACCGAUUACCUCCUUCACUCAUCUGUCAGUCUAACAGUCUGUCUCCCAGAACCUUGAGAUACUAGCAACUGAACCCCCCCCCCCCCUCCCUCAGAAUUGUGCCUGGCGCCUCCUGCUGCCUGUCAUCGUUGCUGGGCUCCUGAGAUGAUGGCGCGACUUUGAAAGAGGCGCGUUUCCUCAGCACCCCACUCUUGGCUCUGAAGGGCCACGGUAAAAUAGUUCCCCGUCUGCGAUCCUCGCCAUUGCUCUUGGGACCACUGUGCGGGUCAGUUCCUCGGCAUGGCGACUUUGGCGUCGUUGUCCGGCAAGGAUGCCGCACUAGGUGCUAAACCGCCAGCCUUUGCCAAACCCCUGAACGACUUGGACUUCCACUCAGGAGCUCGCAUCGAGGAGAUAACGAAGCUGAUCCAAGAAUUCGGCAAGUAUGAGAUGAGGGACUUCGACGAUCGGCGGGCCUUGGAGGUUCACACUGCCAAAGACUUCGUUUUCUCUAUGCUGGGCCUCGUUCAGAAGCUGGACCACAAGUUACCCAUCUCCAACGAGUACCUGCUGCUGUCCGGGGGUGUGCGGGAAGGGGUGAUCGACAUGAACCCCGAUGAGCUGGGCGAUUACGCCAGGGGCAUGGACUACGACGUCGACUUCACGCUGCUUGUUCCGGCACUGAAGCUGCACGACCGCAACCAGCCGGUGACGCUGGACAUGCGGCACUCGGCGCCCUGCCACUCAUGGCUCAGCCUGCGGCUCUUCGACGAGAGGACCAUGGAGAAGUGGAAGGACUGCUGCACGGAGACGGAGCCCAGCCCGGCAGGCGGCGGAGGUGGCAGCUACUACUUCUCGCCCACCAAGGUGGCAGACUGGUUCUUCCGCUCAGUGCGUGCCGUCAUCGAGGAGGUCCGCCGGCAUCCGCAGCGUGGGGUCCCAGGCGUGGCAGCGGUGGAGAAGAACGGCACGGUGGUCACCGUCAUCCUGAACGUGGGCCGCAGCCGCAUGCUGUACGACAUCGUGCCGGUGGUGUCUUUCAAGGGCUGGCCAGCCGUCGCCCAGAACUGGCUGAUGGAGAACCACUUCUGGGACGGCAAGAUCACCGAGGAGGAGGUGAUCAGCGGCUUCUACCUGGUGCCGGCUUGCUCCAGCACCGGCAAACCAGAGAACGAGUGGCGCCUGGCCUUCUCGCGGAGCGAGGUGCAGCUGAAGAAGUGCAUUUCCACGCCACUGAUCCAGGCCUACCAGGCGUACAAGGCCAUGAUCAUCAAGCUGCUGUCCCGGCCUCGGGCCGUCAGUCCCUACCACCUGAGGAGCCUGAUGCUAUGGGCCUGCGACCGCCUGCCCUCCAACUUCCUCGGGCAGGAGGACAACAUGGCGCACUUCCUCCUGGGCCUCCUCGAUGACCUGGCCCACUGCCUGGUCAACAAGUCGUGCCCCAACUACUUCCUGCCGCAGUGCAACAUGUUUGAGCAGCUGUCCGACAGCACGGUGCUGCUGCUGGCCUGCCGCCUGUCGUCAGUGCGCUCGGACCCGGCCGAGCACCUGCGCAGCGCCAUCGAGCACGCCAAGGCAGCCAGCCGGCUCGCACAGGAGCUGCAGCAAACCCUGCCGGGCCUGGCCUCCUCCCAGUCGGACGGCCUCCUCUCCAGUGCGGGCAGGCAGGAUGACAACCUGGCCCGCAAGCUCCAGCAGCUGGUGACGGAGAACCAGGGCAAGUCCAUCUCUGUCUUCCUCAACCCGGAUGACGUCAGCAAGCCGCACUUUCGGAUCGACGAUAAGUUUUUCUGAAGGGGCGUGCCCGCGACGCCGUCCCGGACAAUGUGACAGUCUUCCCUCCCCGCCUGCCUUCCGGGCUCCCACACCCUGCAUCGUGGGCUACUGGUAGUCGCGAUCUCCCCUUGCAUUGUGGGAUACUGGAGGUCACACUUUGCAACGGGCCUCCCUGAGAAGAGAGACGUGUUGCUGAAGCUUUCUUCAGGACAAAUGCAAGGUUAUCAAGUUUCCAAUAAUCAUAGUGACCUAAACCACAGUGCCAAUUGGUUGGCAAUCUGUCUGUGGCUACAGCAUGCCAUGGUAUGGUAAAAAAAAACUACAAGCACCUCGAGCUUCUGGGUAAUUGUUUUUGUUUAGAAAGCAAGGUUUUAGCAGCUUUCUUUCUGUUUGCAUCCACUGAAACUCUGUCACCUUCAGUAAGUGCAAAUGAGCCACAGCAACGCCUCAGUCAAUCAGAGUCAACAUGCUAACCAGUCAGGGUCGUCUUCACCUGUAGUGUAAGUUGCUGUGAUGGUUUGCGUUUUGGCAUUCUUGUGUUUUGUCCUGAUGAGUGCAAGACAGAAAAAACGUGGGACAACGCAUCUCUCUUCUCAGCAAUUUCAGGUUCUGUACUACAAGUGAAAUGAUUGCAAUGGAUGUUUAAUAAUAGUUCUUGAGAUUA